AUGGAGGAUGUGCCUGAAUCGACAGCGUCGAGAGCCAGCUCCGACACCGUCCGCGACCUCUCAGACGUCAAGCAGCCACUCCAAUACACCUUUCCAAAACGACGAAGAUGUGCGCACCUGCCGCAAGCAUUUCCCUGGCUACUGUCCGGAUUCAUGUUGUUCAUGUUGAUUCUGCAGCACUGGCGCUAUGAGGCCAGACGAUGCGUCCCAGUCGGUGGGUUUGAUCGGGUCACCAACAAAAGAAUGCUAGAGAUUGCACAGCGAGAAGUUCCUGCACGGACGAUACAGUUCAAAUUCUCUGGGGGACUGAAGUGGGAUGAGACGAACCACCUUGUCCGCCAGAUCGACCCGACCAUCCCAGACUACGGCGGCAUCCCCACGCCCGAAAUCGACGCCGCCUGGCAAGAACUGAUCUCGACGACGGAUAUCUUCUUGACAAAGGAGGAGAUUGAUGAGAUUAUCGGUAAUGGCGGUGCCUUUGCAGAGGUGCCGCCGGAUGCUCAGCUGUACACUGACCCGUACACGGGGCUUUAUCAGGCUGUCCCGGCCGUUUUUCACAACUUGCACUGCCUGGACAUUAUCCGUCGCGGGCUAUACAUCCAAUACUACCCGGAAGAGCUGACACCCAGCUUCAAGCCCCAUAUCCAACACUGCAUCGACUCGAUCCGCCAGAGUCUGAUGUGCGAGGCCGACAUGACGCCCAUCCCCGAGAUCCACACCUCGUUCCGGCCGAAUGGAGAGCUCGAGCCGGUCUUCCAGGUCGAGCACACGUGUCGGGACUUCAGGGCCAUGCAGAAAUGGGCUAAGCAGCGCGACGCCCUGGACGAAGCGCUGUGGAGGGACAAUGCCGAGAGGCUGAAGCCGGGCGUGUUUGCGAACCCGUAG